AUGGCAAAUAAUCCUACCCUCUAUUCCGGCGAAAUCAUCGACACAAUCGCGGAGUACCCCACAAUCUACAACUACCAACCCAGCACCCAACCAUCCGCCAAACCACUGAUAGUCUGCAUUCCCGGCGGUGUUCACCUAGCUCGGAUUUACUAUGGCGGCCACACCAACUCUUCUCCCCAAAACUUCCUCUCCCAUCACCUAAACAAUCAUGGCUUCAAUGUGCUAUCACUCUCCUACCCUCUCGAAUCAACCCCCUCACUCAUGGACCCCACAGCGCCAAACUUCAGCAUAAGCGACUGGGGCCGUCAAGCCGCGAUGACGGCUAAAAAGGUCAUCUCGGAGCACGCUCUGCCCCCGUCGGUCGUCUUGAUCGGAUGGAGCAUGGGCGGUCGGAUCAUUGUUCCGUUCACGAUUUGCGCGAAGGAACUCGGUUUGGCUGUGGAGCAGUUUAUCAGCUUCGCUGGCACACCGGGGAUUUUCGGGUAUUCGACCCAAUCUGUACGCGCAGCCUUCGCUUGGUGA